AUGGCUGCUGAACAGGAGAGACGUGCUACCGACCAUCCUUCUCUAAUGCGACGCUUUUGGCGUAGUCUGUGCUGGCCGUUCGGUCGAGUUCGUUCUCAGACGUCUUUUCAGGACGUCUGUGGUGGCGAGACCGAACCGGAGGGCAGUGUGGACGCAGAGAACCAGACAGUUAUGGAGGGAUACUUGUUCAAGAGGGCCAGUAAUGUCUUUAAAACAUGGAACAGGUGCUGGUUCCUGAUUCAGAACAACCACCUUAUGUACAAGAAGAAAUCCGGGAAUAUCAUGGUGGUCAUAGCUGAUUUACGCCUGUGCACGGCCAAACACUACAAGAGCAUCGGACGCCGUUGCUGCUUCCAGGUGGUUUCACCUACAAAGAUCUGGGUAUUGCAGGCCGAUUCAGAGGAGAGAAGAGAGGCUUGGAUCAGAACCAUUCAGAACAUGGUUGCUAACACCGAUGGUGACAGAACAGACGAAUCCAUCACUUCCCAAUCAAAUGAGGUGGUGGAUUUGAGCCCAAAACAGGAAGGAUCCAGUAGCUCCUCUGAAUCACGAGGAUCCCAACACACAGAGAGAGACUCGCUACGUCCACCAUCCACUUCUGGAACCUCAGCUGAGCUGAGUCUUGGCGAAAUUGUGCUGGAAUCGGCUGCUGUGUUGGAUUCCCUCUCUGAUGCUUCUCUAGCGAGCAGUGUCGAGAGCAUUGAAGGUACAGUUGGAGGGACCUCACACAUCGAAGAGAGCCCGGUGGAACUGAGCACCAGCACCUCCUCCAGCAACUUCAUCCACACAGCUGGUGAGAAGAGCACGACUACAGGAAAGCACUCGGUCCAGAGAGGCAGCGCUCCUUCCAAAGAGUGCUUCGAUAGCCUGUACGGAGUCGGAAAGCUUCUGGGCAAAGGAGGCUGCGGUUCUGUGUUUGCAGGACUUCGUAAGGCCGAUGGAAAACAGGUUGCUAUUAAGAUUGUGCUGAAGAGUGGCUGUGACAGAUUCAUCACCAUUCAUCGAAUGUAA